ACAUCAACAGCAUCACUGGCAAUUGUGAAGGAAGAAGAAGGGAUAAUGUAACACUUUCCAUUUUUGAUCCUAAUUAAAACAUGUUUGGUAUUUUGGAUAUAUGAAAUCCUGAUGACCAGACUCAUAUCCAUCCUAAUGCUGCCAACAGUUUUGUGGAAGAAGUCUUCAGGGAAGACAUGGAAAACAAAACUCAGACUGAACUACUGCACCUAGAAUAGGCAUGAUUUAUGUGAUAUGAAAAGCCAUGUGAAUAAAACUAUUCAAAUGGACAUAAAAGAAUUUGGAUCCAAAACAAUAUUUUGUGACGGAAUGGAGCAGAGCAUGAAGCUUACGAAAUCUGAUUUAUGGAUGUGCCAAAGGAAAUGUCAAGAUCCUAUUAUGGAGAGUGCCCCGGGACCGGCAGCGCCCAGGCGGGCAGGGCGGCCGCCUGUCAGGGAUGCCCCAACCAGCGGCUGUGCGCGGCCGGCGCAGCCGGGCCGGACCCGGCGGAGGCGGCGGAGCUGCGGGCGCGGCUGCGGGCGGUGCGGCACACGGUGCUGGUGCUGUCCGGCAAGGGCGGCGUGGGCAAGAGCACCUUCAGUGCCCUCCUGGCGCACGGGCUGGCAGCCGACGAGACCAAGCAGGUUGCUCUGCUGGACAUAGAUAUCUGUGGGCCGUCAAUCCCUAAAAUGAUGGGUCUAGAAGGAGAACAGGUUCAUCAGAGUGGAUCUGGAUGGUCUCCAGUGUAUGUUGAAGAAAACUUAGGUGUCAUGUCAGUGGGGUUCUUGCUUAGUAGUCCUGAUGAUGCUGUCAUCUGGAGAGGACCAAAAAAGAAUGGGCUGAUCAAGCAGUUUCUGCGUGAUGUGGACUGGGGUGAAGUGGAUUACCUGAUCGUGGACACGCCCCCAGGAACAUCAGAUGAGCACCUGUCCAUCGUGCAGUACCUCAGUGCCACCCACAUCGACGGCGCUGUCAUUGUCACCACCCCCCAGGAAGUGUCACUUCAGGAUGUUCGGAAGGAGAUCAACUUCUGCCGCAAAGUGAAGCUGCCCAUCAUAGGUGUUGUGGAGAACAUGAGUGGCUUUGUGUGUCCAAAGUGUAAGAAUGAGUCUCAGAUCUUUCCCCCAACUACUGGCGGUGCGGAGAAGAUGUGCCAGAACUUGAAUGUUUCCCUCCUGGGUAAAGUGCCUCUGGAUCCACAGAUAGGAAAAAGUUGUGACAAAGGCCAGUCUUUCCUGGCUGAAGCACCCGAGUCUCCAGCUACAUUAUCUUACAGGAAUAUCAUUCAAAGAAUUCAGGAAUACUGUGAACAACACCAUUUUCAAGAAGAAAAGAUAAUGUAAUCUGUAAAUGGAAUAAAAAUGUAGUUCAUGUUUAAUUAUAGAAAAGUAACUUAUGCCUUGAUUUAAUAAAGGAAUGUAUUCUUUUUGUAUACUGCAAAUAAAUUCUUAAUAUAAAGGCUCA